AUGACAUAUCUCUCAUUUGGUUCUUUUUCGUAUUUUGGAGAGUUGGUGCUCAAAUAUGGUGCACAUAUUAACAAAUUACCAGUGUUCCUUCAUCUGGCACAAGAGCUGUCAUUCCCACUUGACACUUUCCACAAGGUUGUUGUAGAGCGACAAUAUUCUACAAUGCUAGCAAUUCAAGAUGAUCCAGGAGUUGGUUUCCGUAAAGCUAUCGAGUUUCAAGGUGGAGUCUCUACCACUAUGGGAACAGAGGCAACGACAACAUUGGGUGUAAUACUGCCGAUUGGAGUGCCGACCGUAAUUCAUGUGAAGACGGUUCGAUGCAUUGUUCAACGUUUGUUUCCGGUGUAUUUGCUGUUGAUGAUUUGA